AUGAAUUUACCCUAUCCGGUGAAAGAAGAGUACCCUGGGGCUGGCUCCUCUGGCUCCGGGGAUCCACCGCUAUGGGGGCCGCCCCAGCAGCCUCCACGGCCGAUUGAGGGCCUGCAUGAAGUAGGGCCGCCUCCUUUUCUCACCAAGAUCUACGACAUGGUUGAAGAUCCCGACACUGAUCAGGUGGUAUCAUGGAGCUCCACGAGCAGUAGCUUCGUGGUCUGGGAUCCCCACGCUUUCUCCAUGACCUUGCUGCCCAAGUACUUUAAGCACAGCAACUUCUCCAGCUUCGUCAGGCAGCUAAACACAUAUGUAAGUUUCUAGCCAGUCGAGCUAACCCCGCGCGGAUGAUUCUGUAGGUUAUGCUGUGAGCAUCGUCUGUUUAGGUGCUCAUGAUAAACUGAUGUUAUCAAAUUCCCUCGCUUUGUGUAUUCAUCUCAGGGGGGAGGAGUUCAGAGCUUAAGCUCGUAUUAUUUUGGCUAUCAUGUUCUUUCUGAACUCAUCUAGUCUUUGAUACAAUAUAUUUCUCCUGGGUUCUUCCGCUUAAUGUAGCUACCCUGCAUAUCUUAUCAAAAAAAGGGGUCAGGUUUAAUCUCUCUGUGGUAUAGCUACCUUCUGUUUGCCUGGCUCCUUUUGUUUCUCUUGUCGGAUAGAAUCUCUCUGCGGUAUAGCUCUGUCGUUAGUGGGUACCACAGGAUUCAGUGUUGAGAUGGAAUUUGAUUUCGCAGGGCUUUAGAAAGGUGGAUCCAGACAGAUGGGAAUUUGCGAACGAGGGAUUUAUCAAAGGGGAGAAGCAUCUUCUUAAGACCAUAAAGAGGAGAAAACCACCCACUCACUCUCAUCACCAGCACCACGUCGGUCCUUGUCUUGAGGUUGGACAAUUUGGGCUGGAUGGAGAAAUCAACAGAUUAAAGCGAGACAAGAAUAUUCUCAUGUCAGAGUUGGUGAAGCUGAGACAGGAGCAUCAGAAUACGAGAGCCUAUGUCCAUGCCAUGGAAGAAAGAAUUCAAGGAACUGAACAGAAACAGCAGCAGAUGAUGACAUUCUUGGCGCGGGCAAUGCAGAAUCCAGCAUUCAUCCAUCAAUUAGUGCAGGAGAAAGAAAGAAGAAAGGAGAUUGAAGAGGCUAUUGGCAAGAAGAGGAGGAGGUCAAUCGACCAGGGACCUGAUGGAGGCAGCGUGCCGUCCUCAGAAAACCCACAUGUAGAGUCAACGAUUAAAAUAGAAGCAUCCAAAUAUGAUGAUUAUGGGCCUGAAAUUUCGGAGGCCGAGUAUCUUGCAUACGAGAUGAAUGCAGGGAACCACGACGGGGGAGAUGAAGAGCAGGGGGAGCGACGAGAAGAAAGUGGAGAAAAGGAACUGAAUGAUGAAUUUUGGGAAGAAUUACUGAGUGAAAGCAUCGUAGAUAAAUCAGGUGGACCAAAUGCGGGAGAAACAGAUGCCGAGGAAGUGAAUGUCUUGGUUGAGAAACUCCGCUGGUUGUCUUCUACUAGUCCAAAGUAG